AUGCCUAACUCACUAAGAAGGGUAAAGACCGAGGUCUCUUCUCCCACCCAGGAUUACAACUACAGCGAGGAUGCCGCGAUUCUCCGUAAGAAGACAGACGAUGGACCGUUCCACGGCCUGCCAGCCAAAAGGCAAACGCGAUGGAAAGUUAUAGCGAAGGUGCUAUCCCGAUGGGGCAUCACAAUGGCGGUGAUCGUCUCGAUCUACGUCGUGAUCUGGGUCUACUCAAGCAAGCCCGUCAUGAGCCAGACGACGAAGCGACAGUACAAUGCCCUCAUCACCGGUCUCUCGAUUGCCUUAGGUAUUGCUGUGGCCAGUAGUCUGAACCAUAUGGUGGCAGAGUUGAGGUGGUGGAUCUUGAGUCGGCGACAUCGUUCCAAGAGCAAGGGUUCUCAAAUCGGUCUUGCAGCAAUUGGCCUCUGCUACUCAACCGAUACCGCAGACAAGCAAGCCUUGCUUGUUCCCGGCAAUGUUACUAUUCCUGACAUGACAACAAUCGGAACAGAAAAGAUCGUCAAAUCAAACAGGCAGGGACUCGGUGCUUUGCAGUACACCGCCAACAGUUAUGGCACAGUAUCUCUGGCAUAUGACUCGGCAGCCAUGGAGAAAGUCCCAUCGGCCAGAGCCAUCUACGUCGAAAGUGAUCCUCUCAUGUUCUGCGACGAGAACCUCUGCAAAUAUGUCUUCCACGAAACCUCCACCUCAUCAAUCAAAGACGACGAUACGAACCCCAUGACCGUGUGCACCAACCGAAGUAUCAACGUUACAUCAUCUUGCACAUCCUGGCCGGUCAUCAGCGGUGGCAGUGGCAACACCACGAACGUCACCGUUGCCCUCGACAACGGCAACACCUACGAUCUUUACAUCCCUGUCCCCGGCGGCAGCGAUCAGUCGACAUUCAUGACAAACUCCCAAUUUGACUGCGGAACAGGAUGCAGCAUCGUCUCCGUCUUUGAGGCAUCAGCUACUUCGCCAUGGUAUUACAGCUGCAACGUCUCGGUUCACGAAGUAGCCAACGCCACGCUGCCGGAACAUUAUGUCGGAACCAACCUUACGGAGCUGGCGACGGCAGCCAUCGCCCUCCAGGGAUAUGCUGCCUCGUCACUCGCCAACGACACCAACUUCCAGUACCAGACAUACCCCGCCGAAUCCAUCUUCGGAACCCCCAUGAACGGCACCAACCAAGUCAUGCAGAUGAUAUUGAACCGCUUCACGAUUGGCGUUGUAGCCAUUGCCGCGCUGAACAACCCCUCGCUGACCCUGGAGGGUACCAUGCCGAUGAAAGGCACGAAGCUCAACGUUUCUCACUGGAACAUGAUCCACAUGAUUCUGCUCCUGACAGCUGUAUUGCAGCUGGCAUUGGGUCUUGCGGCGGCCUUGGUAGCGAACCGGGUUGUGGUUCCCGACGGCGGCGCCGUUGAGAUGGCGCAAGUCAUGAGGUCCAUGGCGAUCCAAGACAGGAGGGCGAACGAGGAAGCUCUAGAGAAAGGGCUGACCACGGAGGGGGCAAAGGGCAGCAAGUGGAUCUACAGAGACACUUUGGUGUCAAAAGACGCAGGCAUCUAUGACCUGCACAUGGAGGAGCAAACGUUCCACGCAAGGAAUGAGGCGGGGAUGAUUGAGAUGAACGCUCAAUACACAAGUCGGGGAUCAACGCCAGUGAAAUGA